AGAUCCAGAUCAGGUCUAUAUCAGGUCCAAGUCUGGAUCUGGUCCAGGUCUAGUCCGGGUCGAGUUCAGGUUUAGUUCAGGCGAAGUCCACGAGUCGUGAGAGAGCAGACAUGAACCACCUACGGAUGGUCCCUGUGGUUCUGAGUCGUGGGUUCAGGAGCUCGACUCAGACUCUGAAGAACCGAGUCCCAGAAGCACAGAAACACUUCCAGAUGGAUAACGGUCUCCCUGUGCACAUUAAAGGAGGGACAGUGGACGUGCUGAUGUACAGAGCCACGAUGACCCUCACACUGGGAGGCACCUGUUACUCCAUCUACUGGCUCCUCCGGGCUUCCGUACCUCAGAAGAAAGCCUGAUGCCCUACCGCCUGACCAUAUCAUUUUAAAAGAACAUGUUGGAGUAUAAUUAUUUUGAGUGUUGUGAAAUUUUGUCUCUGAAUAAAAAUUU